AUGUAAUUUAUUCCUGUGAUAAAAGCCAACAUUUUCAGCAUCAUUAUAGUCUUUGCUGUCAAAUGAUCUUUCAGAAAUCUUUCUUAUAUUCUUACUUGGUGGGCAUUUAUUAUCAGUUACUAUUGUUUCCCAAUUAUUACUAGUGGUUCUUAUUAUUAAUGUUGAGUUUUUCAGUAAUACUCCAGAGCAGAGCAGGAAAAAGCAUGUGUGUGAGAAAACAAAAUAUGUCAUUUUUGCUAACUAAUAGUGAUUGAUUUGCUUUGCAUGUUGUCAUUUCUGUGUAGUCUUUUCUGUAAAGUCCUAAUGUUUUGUGUAGAUGAUUAUGUGCAUGCAUAGAAUCUUUCCACCUAGAACAGUGGUUCUCAAACACACCUGAUUAAAUCAAAACUAACAAUUUUCAAACAAAUAAAUACAUUAUUGAUGCACUUCUGCCAAUCAAAAAGUAAUAAUGUGUGUUAAAAAACUUUUAAAUGCACACAUCUUUAUAGAAAAAAUUUAUUUAAAUAAAACAAUCAAAAUUUUCCAGUGUUUGGGAACUGCUAAUCUAGUAGAUCCUUUGACCUUGGUCUGACCUCUAGGGAGCUAUGCUGAAUUUCUGGACAGAAGGUUUUUAAAAGAAAUCUUCUGUAAGUCCCAACAUGUCAACAGUGAGCCAUCUCACAGGAAGUGCUGAACUUAGCUCAGGCCAGGUGUGGACUCGCUGAGCUCUUUGAUCUUCAUCUGUACUUGCUUCUGGACUCAUGUAAGACCGAGCAGAAGCAGAACCAUGUCAGAAACCCUCCAGCUGCCCGCGCUGCAGAUCCAGGGCCCGGUAGACGGUGAGUGCAAUGUAUGCGAGGUGGAUCUGGCCCUGUCCAGCUCGUCCAGCCCGUCUCUGCGGCGCAAGCGCUUUAAAAUGCACCGUAUGAAGAACGUCAUGAGCGAGAAGGAGCAGCUGGAGAAGGAACAACUUCAGCGUUCCGGGAGUAAGGAGUACCUGCAGCUUCCGUCUAUUGAGAUCACGCCAUCCAGCGAUGAGGACGCAGCGUGGUCGAGUUGUUCCACCCCUAGUGCCUCACCCCAACGCAGACGCUUCCUCCUGCGCAAGUGGCUGCGAGGAGGCGAGAAAAAAGAGCACGGCAGUGAGAGCAGCAGUCAGCAGAGCAGCCUGCAGAGCAGCCAUGAGGAAGAGUCCACACGCUACCUGAGCCCCAACACCCGUGACGACAGCACUGCCAGUAACUCGAACCGCAGCUCGCCGGCCUGCUCACCCGUCCUGCGUAAACGCUCGCGCUCCCCAACGCCCCAGAGUCCAGAGGGAGAGAACAUGGUGGAAAAGAGCUCCGAUCAUUCCUCUGAUAAAUCCCCAUCCACCCCAGAACAAGCCGUCCAGCGCACCUACAGCCAGUCGCUUCACACCACCCGCCCCGGAGGGAAAAACUCCAAGAAGAGUCAAAGCUGGUAUAACGUUUUGAGCCCCACAUACAAACAGCGAAAUGAAGACUUCAGGAAGCUCUUUAAGCAGCUGCCCGACUCAGAGCGCCUCAUUGUGGACUACUCCUGUGCCCUGCAGAGAGAUAUCCUCCUGCAGGGUCGCCUCUACCUCUCCGAAAACUGGAUCUGUUUCUAUAGCAACAUAUUCCGCUGGGAAACGCUGCUGACUGUGAAGUUGAAAGAUGUUUGUUCCAUGACGAAAGAGAAGACGGCUAGACUCAUCCCCAAUGCCAUCCAGCUGUGCACAGACAGUGAAAAGCACUUUUUUACCUCAUUCGGGGCAAGAGAUCGGACAUACAUGAUGAUGUUCAGACUCUGGCAAAAUGCUCUUCUGGACAAGCCAUUGUGUCCUAAAGAGCUGUGGCACUUUGUCCAUCAGUGUUAUGGGAAUGAACUGGGUCUAACCAGUGAUGAUGAGGACUACGUACCUCCUGAUGACGACUUCAACAUCAUGGGCUGUUGCCCCUCUCCCUGGUGCAGGUACUGUGAGGAGAUUCCCGCCGAAGACAACGAGACCAAUGACACCUGCCCCAAAACCCCAGAUGCCAAAAUGGACAUCAGCCCCCAGCUCCACAGGAAGGUGUUCCCCAACAGCAGUCUGAACUCCACGGACAGCACAGAUGCUCCGGUCAACUUUGACUUGCCCCCAGUGGAGGACUUCAGUGGCUGCGUCCCAGAAGACCUCCUACCCCUGCCGUUACCUGACAACAAGCUGUCAGAGAGUAGCGGCUCCGCACAUGUCCCCGUCCCCUCACCUUCCCUUGACUUCAAUGACAACGAGGACCUCCCCACUGAACUCAGCGACUCCUCAGAAACACACGAUGAGGAAGGGGAAGUGCAAGCCUUCCAGGAAGAUCUGCAUGGGAAACUGUACAUUAAUGAAGUGUAUAAGUUCAGUGUGGAUAAACUGCAUGACAUCCUCUUCACUGAAUCGCAGUUCAUGAGAGAGUUUCUGGAGCAGAGACGCUUCUCAGAUGUGGUCUAUAACCCAUGGAGGAAAGAAAACACUGGCAAUAAGUCCAGAGAGAUCAUGUACACCAUCUCCCUCUCCAACCCACUGGCUCCAAAGACGGCCACAGUCACAGAGACGCAGACUCUGCUUAAGGCAAGUCAAGUGAGCGAGUGCUACAUCAUUGACGCUGAGGUGAUUGCUCACGAUGUCCCGUAUCACGAUUACUUUUACACGCUCAACCGCUACAUGCUCACUAGAGUCGCCAAGAACAAGUGCCGCCUGAGGGUGUCAGCUGAACUACGCUACAGGAAGCAGCCUUGGGGACUGGUCAAGGGCUUCAUUGAGAGAAACUUCUGGAGUGGCUUGGAUGAAUAUUUUAGAUAUUUAGAGCUGGAGUUGAGUAAGGUACAGCUGGUGCUAUCUGAACCUCACGGACAGUCUCCCAAAUCCAAAGGCCUACGCACAGCUACAGUGAGGCGGAGGAAACACCCACUGACGCACACGAGACAUCAGCACCUGGACGAGGCGCUCAGUCCCGUCACCACACCUGAGGAUGAGAAGAGUGUCAUCCAUCGCAUCAAACACGUGGCAGGAUCCACACAGACCAGACAUAUCCCUGACCACGGAUCGGAAGGCCUGGCUCUCUACAGCAUCUCCAAACUUCUGCUUAUAAUCAGCUCUGUUCUGGUGCUACUGGUAUUUUUGAACAUGAUGCUGUUUUAUAAGCUAUGGAUGCUGGAAUACACGGCUCAGAGUUUGACCUCCUGGCAGGGUCUCAGGUCUCAUGAAAGUAAACUUCCACAGACACAGAUCGAAUGGGCUCAACUUUUGGAGUCUCAGCAGCGUUACCAUGAAAACGAGCUGGAAAAAUGGAGGGAAAUAAUAAAGUCAUCUGUGCUGUUAUUAGAUGAGAUGAGAGAGUCUCUAAUGAAGCUACUGAAAGGUAUGGGGCUGAGAGACUACGAUUCAGACAGUGAAGAAAGCAGAAGUCGCCAUCACUGACGAACAGAGGCCCGGCUCAGCCGAUGUAAUGAACACCUCCACAUGUAAGCCACCAGAUGAGCUGGGCCGGGGCAUGGUAAGGGACGGCUCUCACGGUUCGGCUGCACCGCUGCGAGGCCUUUCUGACAACAGACACUGAUGCAAACCUAGUACUGUAAUUUCUCUGUCUUCUCUGCGAUGAAAGAGCUGAAAAAAUUGGAAGGAAUGCAGUCCCGUGAUCAUGGAUUCGGUCCGUUCAGCCAGGGCUAAAACAAACACACCAAAACGAUUGAACUGUCACUUCAAAACAGACACAGACUCUGGUUUAAACACUCGGAAAACUUGAGCGGAUGUUGGAUCUCGGCAGCAUCCCUUUUUUUUUUUAAACCUUUUGGAGUCUGGGACCAGAUAAAGAAAAUAUGGAGUUACUAUCAGCAAAUGUUACGACGACAUGUACACAUUUAUUUAUAAAAACAAAAUAUGGAAUUGAACGAUAUUAUGAUAAACAUGAAAAUAUAUCAUUUCUAUGUAGAGCUAUAUUUGUUGCCAGAGUUCAUUAGUAACAUUUGGCUUCCAUGGAGAAUCAAGGCUGGUUCCUUGAUAGCUUGCGCCAUGGUGCAUCAACUAUAUGCAACUGGUAUAUCCUCCCCUGUCUGGAGGAAUGACUUCCUCUGAUUGGUUGAUUUGCAAUGGCAAAAGAGCCACGGUCUCUAACAUUCCAUCUACUAAGCGCCAUCGGCUGCAUUCCAGUUUCCAUGCUACUGCACAGUAAAAGUACAUACUUACGGACUAUAAGUCGCACCUGAGUAUAAGUCGCAUCAGUCCAAAAAUACGUCAUGACGAGGAAAAAAACAUAUAUAAGUCGCACCGGACUUUAAGUCGCAUUUAUUUAGACUCAAGAACCAAGAGAAAACAUUACCGUCUACAGCCGCCAGAGGGCGCUCUAUGCUGCUCAGUGUAGACUACAGGAGCAGUGGCUCUCGUGGCUGUAGAUGGUAAUGUUUUCUGUUAGUUAAUUUCUCUUGGUUCAUGUCAAAUUAAUUUUGAUAAAUAAGUCACACCUGACUAUAAGUCGCAGGACCAGCCAAACUAUGAAAAAAAAGUGAGACUUAUAGUCCGGAAAAUACGGUAGUUAGGACACAGUUAAGCCACAAGUGUACGUUUUCCAUGUUCUGAUCCAUCGAGCGCACAGCUGAGUAUACUUCAGUUUUUAUGAAUAACCAAAUCACUUGCACAUUCACUGUCAGAUGACUUUGUCAGUUUAAUGUGCAGAGUAAACUAUAAAAAAACACUGUGCACAUGUGUUAACAUCAAACCAAAAAGGAAAACUAAUUAAAAAAAUAAAGAGUUGUAUCAAAAGAGUUGACUGUGAAGUCAAGCAACCGUGGUGUUUUCAGUUUCUAUCUCACAUUUAGAUUCUUGCUUCUGGCAUUUAGGUUUCAAAAGUCGUAAAAGUGUUGUUCAUUGGUGAAGAUAUUAUGAUGAACAAACAGUGCAAGAAUCAUAAACCAUUGUUGGUCACAGAGCUUACUUUCCACAAUAAACAAAAAAGCAGAUGGAAAAAUCCUUUCGGGUUUUUAUCGAGGGAACCAGGGUGAUAUGCCAUGACUUCAGCGCUCAAUUAUGAGGAAGAGUAUGGGAACUGGGAUGCAGCCAUCAAAUCAACCAAACCUCUCAUGCAGUGGUUAACCCCAGCCAAUAGCAUCCAUUCAUUUGUGAAUGAGUUAUUGUUACAUGAAUGUGUUUCUGUUCUCCCUCGGGGUUCAUUUAAAUCCUGCGGGCAGCUGUUAACAACUUCAUAUUGCCAAGCUUUGAUUUUAAAGCCAUUCCAUGAUUUUUUUUGUUUUUGUUUGUUUCAUGUUGUAUGAUGUUUUUGUGUUUUGACGCCUGACCAGCUGCUGGACAGAUGAGAGAUGCACAUUGGUCAUGUGAUGUCAGAAUGUAUUUAACAUUGUGUUUAUUAGCGUUGUGGAGCUGGAAAGACAUGUAUCUUGAUGCGUUCUUACAGAGAGACCUGCAGUGGGUGUGUUAAGAUGGAACUGUGAAAAAUCCAGGUUAUGCUUGAAUUUACAAAGAGAAACUGUCUAGAAACUUUGGCAAUAUAAUAAAAAAUCAACCUCAUGAAAAUGGUCAAAUUGACUAAAACCUCUUGGGGUGUCAUACGCAAAAACUUGUGUUUUCUCAUACACAACUCCAACAAUGGUGCUCAUGUAGGCAUCAUGGGUUCGAGUCCUGAUUCUGUUCCCCACUUUACUCCUCAUCAUGAAUAAUUUUAAUUCCUAAUUUUAAAAGACCAAAAAUCCAAUUAGAAAUGUAUUUACCGGAGUGGAACUAUUUCUAAGCAGCAGUUCCACAAUCUAAAGUUCUGGUUUGAAUAUUUUAAACAUCAAGCGGUAAUGUCGAUUUUGCCAUGGAAUCAACUUGUUUUUAGUUCAUUAAUAAGUCCAGUUGUCUUAGACAUUGUUUAAACCAAUGAAUGAACUGAUUAGGGGUGUAACGAUACGCGUAUUCGUAUUGAACCGUUCGGUACGACGCUUUCGGUUCGGUACGCGGUACGCAUUAUGUAUACCGAACGGUUCGUUGGAGUAUUUAAUUAUAUUUGAAAAAAAAAAAAAAAAAGAGAGAGAGAGAAAUAUAAUGAUAUGCGUUCAACAAGGUAGCCCAAUAACCCAAACAACGUAACAGGCAACGCCCCUGACACUCCCGAAGAAGAAAAAAACACCAUCUUAUAUGUUUAUGUUAGGCUACUCAGCAGGCGCUCGCUCACUCAGUACGCGCUGAAGGCUCGUUGCAAAAUAGCCAAUGCGUUUAACAGACUAGAAAUGAGAAGAUCCCCCAAUAACCAACAGGUCUGGUGUUUGGGUGCACUUUGGAUUCACUUUAAGCUAUAAUGGUGAUGGCAAGAGAGUGGUUUCCUUUCCAAAGCGCUCGGGCAGAAGCGCUCAUGAGGCGUCUGUCUUUGCUAAGCAACAAUGACGUGCUCUCUCCAUGAGACGCGGAAAUUUCAGCAAAGGAUAAAUGGAUUUGCAGCUCUAAAAAUCGCUUGCAGUAGCUCUGCUACUAAAUUUAUUUCAAAAUUGCAAUCCAUAUACAACUAUGAUCAGCUGAUCCUUCAUCUUGGCUGAGCUCUCAACGUUGUUACGGGAAAGGAUGAAGCUGAUUGGUUGGUUCUUGUCACAUGACCCGCGGUGCGCUUGCGGCAUUCUGAAAAGUUGAGAUGUUUUUACAUUUUGCUGUAUCUAAAACGUAUCGAACCGAACCGAACCGAACCGUGACAUCAGUGUAUCGUAUCGAACCGAACCGUGAAUUUUGUGAACCGUUACACCCCUAGAACUGAUGUAAAGAACUAGAGCUGAUGGUUGUCUUAGUCAAGAACGUGAUAGAUGUGAAACUUCUUAGAUAUGAACGAGUCCACUUUGUUCAAAGUAACUGAAUCUUAGAUGAUCGUUUUGUCCUGUGAGGUCUUGUGCAUGACUUUUGGAGCCUCUGCUAUCCCAUGUUGGCUUUAGUGGCAGACCUCUUGUGCUAUACAAGGCCAAUAAGGAGAUAUAAAAAUAGCAUCUGCGGGCCGUAGUGAUCAACUUGCACUGUUUAUGUAAAUUUUUUUAUGAAAAAUUUAUUUUUCAUGAUUGUUAUGUUCCUAAAAAUCAAUCCAGAACAGGGACUACAGUUCAUUCUUGUUUGUAUUCAUCCUCAUUUUCAUUAAACCAAUAUGCAGUAUUUAAUGUGCAAUGCGUGUUCAGGUAGAGUGUGUAAGUACUGCUGAAACUCCACAUGAACCAUCUGUGUGAAUGUAUUUUCUAGCUAAAAGACGAUCUUUUAUUUGGACAUAACCUGCUGGGUUUUGGAAGCACGGGUGAUUUAGAAGGCACUUUUGAUGUCAAGCACUGAGAGGCCACAGCAAUGGUGCCACAUUGCUCACUGUCAGGCCCUAAAAGUAUUAUUUUUCAAGUUCUGCUAACAGUAUUAUUUUUUACAGUAGCCUAUGUGCACGGACAGGGUGGUUGCUUUUCUAUGGCCAUGACUGUUAUGGUCCGGAUGGUGUGAAAAAUCAUGUUUUUUUGUUUGUUUGUUUGUUUUUUUCAGGAGCAAAAUACUGAGAUGAAAAUACACUGGGUUAUUUUUUUUUCUUUCUCCAAUACAUUGAAAAAAAGAAAAAGAAAAAUGAACAUGUAUUGUAAUUACAACAUUGAAGCUUUUUUAAUUAUUUAAAGUUUUCUUUACAAAAUGUAUAUACACACAAGUAUACCGCAAUGUAUGUAUAUGUUGUGUACAGUCAAUGCACAUCCUACAUGCGCUGGUUGCACUGUGGGAUCCCUGAAAAAAAGGAAAAUAAUAAUAAUAAUAAAAAAAAAACUAUACCGUUUGUGUUGUAAAGAAAUAGGCGGAAUGAAUAAAAGUAUUUAAAAGAGA